AUGUCAAACGCAGAAAGAGAGAACGCACUCAUACAAACCACCACCGAACCAGAAUUAGAACUAGCACAACCACGAUGGCCCAUCUACUCAAAGUGCAGUAGACCCAACAGAGCCUGUCUCUGCGAAACACUCUCGGCUGAGCCCAUCCUAACAAAGACCCAAAUAAUAAUCAUCCAACACCCCCACGAGGCUCUCUACUAUACCAGUCCUCACCAAAUGUCUUCUCAACUGAACCACCGUCACGACCCAUCAUUGAUUCUGAGGAAGGAGCCGUGUGGUGGGUGUGUGAGUAUCAUGGAGGCUGUGGCUAGGGCUCUCAGGGUUAUUGAGCCUAAUGGGCUCUACAUUAAGGCCCAAUUGUUGUGGGUUUUGAGAGACAUGGAACUUGACCAAGCCCAUCAAGCCUAG